ACAUUUAUCUCGUGCUUUUCGCAGAACGAUUCCCGAGUGAGUGAUUUAAUUUUGUCCAUUCAUUUCCUAUCUUCGUGAAAUUCCAACUUCCGAAAAUGUCCGGCUACACAGAGGAAUACCUCAAGCAGAAGCUGACCGAAAAGCUGGAAGCAACUCAUGUGGAAGUCAUAGAUGAGUCCGACGGUUGUGGAGGAAAGUUCAACGCCAUCAUCGUUUCGCCACAAUUCCAGGGAAAAGCUCUGCUGCAACGACAUCGUCUGGUGAACGCCGCCCUCGCCGAAGAGCUGAAAACGAUUCACGCGUUCUCGCAGAAGACGUACACCCCGGAACAGUGGGCCGCCGAAGGGCAUUAGCAUAAAA